AUGUCUAACUUACCGUGGUGUGUUAUUGGAGAUUUCAAUGAUCUCCUCUCCCAGCAGGAUAAAAACGGCAUACACCCUCAUCCUAAUUGGUUGUGUUCAGGUUUUCGUCAAACCGUGAGUGAUUGUAAUCUUUCCGAUAUUUCGCUUGAAGGUUAUCAAUUCACUUGGGUGAAGAGCAGAGGCACCGACCAUAUGAUAGAAGAAAGACUUGACAGAGCUCUCGCGACCUCCGAUUGGUUUACGGUGUUUCCGCAUGUCAAGUUGUCUAACCUUAUCGCAUCGUAUUCUGACCAUAGUCCCAUCCUUUUGGAUUGCGAUCCGGUUCAGCAAACUAGUAGUAGUUUUAGAUUUCGUUUUGAGAACAGUUGGCUUCAUGAAGAUAGCAUAACUGAGGUGGUUAGCAAUGGGUGGCAUUCUGAGGCUCAUACUGAUGUGGUUCAGCGUAUUUCUACUUGUGCUACUAGUUUGGAGAAUUAG